CACAUUGAUUGGUCUUUAAGAUAAGAUAGUGUUUCAAGAAAGUUUUCUUAUCUAAAUAGAUUUGACACACAAUUCAACGGAGAUUAGCUGGGAGACGAGUUCGCGAUGUUUGUCCUACCAGUGUUAGUGUCCACUCUUGUGGCUCUGGUCAGCUCCGCUGAUUACAGCUAUGAAAAAGAUCCUAAUUACUGGUACAACGUGGCUUUUGACGAGCUGGACCAGACCCUGGCCCCACAGCCCAAGGGCGUGGCAAAAAACGUCAUCUUUUUCCUGGGGGACGGGAUGGGGAUCCCCACGGUGACGGCUGCAAGGAUCCUGGCAGGGCAGAUGGCAGGGAACAGUGGUGAGGAGUACAAACUCAGCUUCGACAAGUUCCCGUACACGGGUCUGUCUAGGACGUAUAACGUCGACCAUCAAAUCACGGACUCCGCUGCUUCCGGCACCGCCUACCUGACGGGCGUCAAGACGAACCAGGGGCUGCUCGGCCUCAGCGGGGCGGCCCAGCGGUACAACUGCAGCUCCUCCAAGGACACCCACGUGGAUUCGAUCGUGCGCUGGUCAAUCAAUGCAGGCAAGUCCACAGGGGUGUUGACAACCACUCGGAUCACUCACGCCACCCCAGGGGCGUCGUACUCACACACAGCUGAAAGGGACUGGGAGGUGGACAGGUUUAUCCCAACCGCCCAGAGGGAUUGUGAGGACAUCGCUUUACAGCUGAUCACAAGAAACAAUGACAUCAACGUCAUCAUGGGUGGAGGUCGGGCCUACUUCUACCCCUCGGGUUUUAAUGACCCCGACCCUGACCCCACUUUCAGCACAUCCAGGAACAGCAGAAUUGACGGCAGGAAUCUAAUUCAGGAGUGGGAACGCAUCAUGACCAACAAAAACGUCUCACACAGCUACGUCUACAACAAAGCUGGUUUGGAUCAGGUGGAUUUGGAUAAGACGGAUUAUCUUCUCGGUCUAUUCACACAAAGUCACAUGAGUUACGAGCAGGACAGAAACCCAGCUAAAGAACCGUCUCUAGCCGAGAUGACAGAGAAGGCUAUCAGGAUCCUCAAGAGAAACGAUAAAGGAUUUUUCCUCUUUAUUGAAGGUGGAAGGAUCGACCAUGGCCAUCAUGAGUCCCGGGCCUCCCAAGCCCUGCACGACGCCGUGGCCAUGGCCCAGGCCGUCGAUGUGGCCAACAGACUGACCAACGCCUCGGAAACUCUCAUCGUGGUCACGGCUGACCACUCACACGUCAUGAACAUUGCUGGGUAUGCAACGAGAGGCAACCCGAUUCUAGGGAUAAGCGACAAUGAUAACAAACAUCCCCAGGCUGCGUCGGAUGGGAAGCCCUACACGACCAUCCUGUAUGCCGACGGUCCAGGGUACCACGUUCCUAGACCAAUAGUCACUGAUGUUGAUACACACGACAAGUCUUACAUCAGCCAGUCUGGUGUUCCAUUGUCUUCAGAGACCCACGGAGGGGAGGACGUUGCCAUUUUUGCUCAAGGGCCUCAGUCCUUCCUGUACACAGGCGUCCACGAGCAGAACUACAUCCCUAUGGUCAUGGCCUACGCCUCAUGUGUCGGGCCCUACGCCGAGGGAAAAAAGCCGUGUGCGAAAUAUGAACAACCGUAACCUGACCACCCUCCAUAAAACUGGCC